CUUUGGUUGGGCUUUUCUCUAACAGCUGGAGGUCUGCUGGGCAUUCAAGCAAUGGCUGUUGAGUAGGGCAGCUGUUUCAAUAUCUAAUUGCAUUUUAGCUUUAAUAACUCAAGGGGAAAGCCUUGCAUUGCCUACCAUGAGCUACUUCCUGUCCUACUGCAAAGCGCACUGCACAGCCGUGCUCGCCCAGUACCAGACCCUGAGAUCAGAGGGCUUUCUGUGCGAUAUUUUGCUGAAAGUGAAGGAAAAUGAGUUUCCUGCACACAAGUCCUUGUUGGCAUGCUCCAGUGACUAUUUCCGAGCCAUGUUCAAAAGUUACACCCAAGAGUCUAAAGCCAGUGUAAUUCACCUGCAAGUUGUCUCACCCACCGGUCUCCAGCAUGUCCUGGAUUUCAUUUACACUUCCUUGUUGCCCCUUUCCUUUGAAAGCCUGGAAGAUACCUUGGAAGCUGCAAGCUACUUGCAAGUGACUGAUGCUAUCGGCUUGUGCAAUCAGUACUUAGUUAACAAUCUUGCCUUGGAAAACUGCUGCUUCUCUGCCAAUGUGUCCAGGAAGUUCUACCUGCCGGACGCCUUAGCAGCAACAGAAAAAUACAUUGUCAAUAAUCUCUGGAAGCUGCUGGACUUGGAUUUGUCAGGACUGCUCGAGCUAAACUUCAGGUCUUUGCUAGCAGUGGUUCAAUCACCAGAUCUCCCCAUGGUGAAAGAAACCCGCCUGCUGAAUCUUGUGCUGCUGUGGCUGAAGCAGGAUAAAUCCAGGCUGGCUCAUACAAGCAGCCUUUUAGAACACAUAAGAUAUGGCCUCAUCCCGGUGGAAGAGCUGAGAAAAACCUACACACAGUCAGAAGUGCCCCUCUCUGCAGGUAUUAAGUGCUUGAUCAUUAAAGCAAUAAAUUACCAUACAUCUGUUUUCAAACAGCCUGUCCUGCAGGAUAAGUCCACCACGCUGAGGAACCAGAAAACUCGGAUCAUUCUGCUGGGGGGAGGGACAGCAAGCGAGGGGCUUGUCACCGAUGUGGUGGCCUUCGACGUUUACAAUCACAAAUGGCGAGCUCUCACGCAGGUGCGGGACAGGGUGCAGAACCACAGCGUGUGCGUGGUGGGGAACUUCCUCUACGUCUUGGGUGGGGAAAUAGAAAGUGGUGCCACUAAAACCAAAAAGAUCUUAUCGGUUACGAACAAGGUCCAUCGUUACGAUCCGAGAUUCAACACGUGGACCCAGAUCACGGGCAUGCUGGAAAAGAGAUGUCAGUUUUCUUGUUGUGUCCUAGGCAAGGAUAUCUUUGCCAUUGGUGGAAGAGGUGAGGACGGGUCACUGCAUUCGUCUGUGGAAGUCUACAACAUCAGCAGGGACAGAUGGAUGAAGGCCAGGGAAUUGCCAUGCAAGAUACAUGGUCACGCCAGUGCCAUUUGCAAGAAUACUAUAUACAUCUCGGGUGGCAAGUACUCAGACCCAGACAACACAAGCAAGGAUGUAUAUUCUCUGAGCUCACUUGAAGGGCAGUGGAUGAAACAAGCCCCCAUGAGCAUUGCUCGGUUUGGGCAUCAGAUGGCAACAAUAAGAGAAGCCAUAUUCACUUUUUUAGGAUUAUAUGAACCAUUCUCUGAAAUAGAAAGAUACGACCCUGAUCAAAACCAAUGGACUCGGUUAAGACCACUGAUCUAUGAUCGAUUUUGCUAUGGCCUGGCAGUGGUAGAGGAAACAGCUCUUCUUAUCGGGGGAAAGAAAUGGCAAAACUCACGGGAAGUCCCCACGCAAGACGUGGUUGGUUACGACAUCGACAACGAUGGCUGGGAAGAGAUCUGCAAAGCCCCCGUGCCUUGGUGUGGGCUGCAGUGCGCGGUGCUGCAGCUCUCUGAACUGGCGGAUGAGCAGGACAGUGACAGCCAGCAGAAGAGGCCACCGAACUGCUGAGCUCACGCGCCGCGGAAUAAUCACCCCAGGAGAUGAGCCAGCAGGUGGGUCCUGGAGAAGAAGAAGAAAAUUGCCAUGGCACUGAACGUGACAGAGUGGAGGUUUUGCUUUGAUAAGCCAAAUGCUUGGUGGAAACAGGCAAGAAAGUCUGGCUCCAGCAUGGGAAAAGGUGCUGGGAUUUAUAGAGCUGGAAGCCAAUCUCACUGAGGAAGGACGCAGCAAGUAGCACUUUUAGAGGUGAUGAGCGAAAAUCGUAAUCCUUGACUCUUGAAGAAUAAUACCUAGAUAGCAAUUAAUAGGUGUUGCAAGGCAGAUUUUUCAAAGGUUAAAAAAAAUUAUCCACCUUUUCUGUUUUCUUAAUCAGAGGUAAUUUUCCCAGCUGGUAAGUGCUAUUGAAUUUUUAUGCUAUGGCUAAGCAAAAUGAAAGCGAGAUGUAUAAAGCCUAGAAAAUUGAUGCCUACGAGAACUAAUAAUAAGUACUGCCAAGGAAAAGGUAUUAUUUGAUAUGCUACAUACUGGGCAAGAAUGUCUUAGCUAACCAGCAUUAAAUUACUGGACAGAAAGCAUGGAUUUUUUGAUAUGUAGACUCAGUUAUGGCCGUAAGUUAAAAGUGACUGUUUCAUAGAAGGCACUUCUUUCUGAGCAGCCUUUGUUGUAGCAUGCCUUUCAGAUACUUAUUUUGCUUUAUUUUAAAGACGCACACUACCGGUACGGUACAUUUGUUUUGUAUCCAAACCUUGUGUUAGUUUAGAUGGCCAGAGCUGAAUGGGUACAGUUAUUAUUAGACUCUAAGAAAGAAACAUGUUACAGGCGUUGCUGUAACUUAUGCCUUGAUACUUGCCUUGGUAGCAUACGCUGCUUUAUCAUACUUGCUCGUAAUGGUAAAAUUGUUCAUAGCUGUUGAACUAGUACAUGAGAGAAUCCGGCAGUCAAAAAAGGUUUACUUUCAUCAAAGAGUAUGAUGGAGAGGGAGGUAACUGAAAGUUUUCAGAAGUCUUUAUUCAGUGUCUGCCUACAUCAAAACAGCAAUAGUCUUACUUCGUUUUGGCCAUGCUGGCAGAGUUUGAAGGCACAGAUUAUGGGGGUACUUUAAGGUACAUGGAUCUGUGAAAUGCAGGCAAAAUGGUCAGCUGCCACAGAAUCACUUUGGUACGGAGUAAAUUGAAUCUCAAGUCACAAAUAUUCAUUUAAAAGCUAAAUUUAUUGUACUUCAUUUUACAGUGUUCCCUUUCUAGGCUGAGAGUUAAUACAAUAAAAAUAUAUCUAGAAGAACAUUUAAUAGUCUUAAAAGAAGGCAGCACAACGGAUAGGACACAUGUUCUUUGUCACUAGACUAGCUUAAAAAACUGUAAUGUUUAAUUUUCACCUUUAAAGCAAUCAAGCUGACUUUACUAAUGUAAAGUGCAGGCAGAAUAGCUGUUGCAUAGCAACAGAUCUAAGUCUUCUGAACUGCCUUGGUUUUGACAAGGAAUUGACUACACUAUGUGCAUAUACAUCCAUCAGAUAUAAAGAGGUUUUUUUAUAUGAAUAUAUUUACUUUUGGUCCAGUAAAACAAUAGCCAGAGAAUCUAAAUGCUUGGAACAAUAGCACAAUCCAUUUCAAGUCAAGCAUUUCUUAAGAGAAAUUUACAAAAACCUCACAAAUUUGAUAUACAAGUCAGUACCCAUGCAGUAAAUAAAUGUCCGGUUUAUACAAACAAUAUUCUUCUAAUGGUACAAAUAUUACAUUGGAUUCAGGAUUCUAUACAAACGUUAAUACAUGAUUUGUCAUCCAUAUCGACUUGAAUAUAGGAUUACUGAAAAUGGGCUACAGAAAGGCCACUCUUCUGUACAAUUGUGCAAAAUCUGCAAAACAUUUGCAAUCCAAAUGCAAUAAAAUAACAAGAAAGGAAGAGACCAAGAGGGAGAGAAAAAGAAAAAGAA